GUUCAGGUGAUGAUGAACACGGGAGUAAACACCGCAUUUUAAAGAGAACACGUGAUCACAACUCGUCCUAGACCACGUGGUAAACAAUACCUUAUAAGGAUAGCACGUGGCACAAAACCACGUGAUGCUGGAUAAAACCCCCAAAUGUCUGCUGAUAUACGGCUCACAGACGGGUCAGGCUGAAGCGAUAUCAGAGCGGAUAGUACACGACUCUGGGAACUUGGGGUUGGAAGUGGAGUUGUUGUGUGGCGAUGAAAUGGAGGGUAACAUGGACAGAUUACACGAUCAGGUUGUAGUAUUUGUUGUUUCCUCCACCGGCGAAGGAGACCCACCAGAAAACUUCGAGAGUUUCUGGGGUUUCUUGAACGAUAAGCCACCUCAGAACUUAAGUUACACUUUACUUGGUCUUGGAGAUUCCAACUACACCGAAUUCGGGGGGUUUCCCAACGCUCUGAAGGACUUUCUGGAGGAAUCAGGUGCUAGAUCUUUCUACGAGUUUCAGCUUGCUGAUGAUCAAGUUGGGUUGGAACUAGUGGUCGAACCCUGGAUUGAGGGACUUUGGGAACCUUUAUCACAGAUCCUGCGCAAUCAAAACAACACCUUAAACCCCUCUCUGCAGCUCGACUCAGCGCUUUUAGAAAAACUCGCUCAUCUAGAAAUCACCAAAGAUCUCCCUAAGGUGAAACAAAUGUUCAAAUUUGAAUUUUCUGAAGACGAUUUCAAGAGCAGCUUCCCAGACGGAGUGGACAAGUUCAUCCUCCCGUUUGCUGCUGGACCGUUGGAGAGGAGCACUGUUCUGAGGAGGACCUGUUUGACGGAGAGGAGUGAGAAGACGAAGGAGACGUUUGAGAUUGAGUUGAAAACAGUGGCUUGUUAUGGUCCUGGAGACUCGUUUGGAGUGCUGUGUCACAACAGCGAGAGGGAGGUCUGGGACUUGUUAGACAGGCUGAAAGUAACCCAGACCGCCCACAAACAAUACACCCUUACUCCUGACCCUAACGUUAAACCUCGACUUCUCCCGAAACACGUGCUGUUAAACUGCAGCCCGUACUACGCCCUCAAGUAUACACUGGAUGUAAGGUCUUUGCCUAAGAAAGCGCUGUUGUUGUAUCUUGCGGAGUGUUGUGAGAACGGGAAGGAGGGGGAUUGUCUUCGUUUUCUAGCUUCUAAAGAGGGCAGUAAAGAUCUGAACGAUCUAAUCUACACCCGGUCCCUAACCCUGCUGGAGAUCCUGUCCCUGUUCCCCUCCUCCUCCCCCUCCUUCUGCUGCCUCCUCCAGCACCUUCCCCGCCUCACACCCCGCUACUACUCCGUCUCCAGGGUAUCUCAACACGGUGUCAAGUUCGUCUUUAAUCACGUGACUAACAUCAGGGAGCACGUGACUAGAGAAUUGACGGGUGUCCCCGGGGUUUGCUCCAGUUGGUUGAGGGGGUUGGCAGAGGGUGAUGGUGUGUUUGUGUAUCGGAGGAAGAAUGCAGUGUUUAAACCUACAGUGGGUGAUGGAGGGAUGGUGAUGAUUGGUGCGGGGACCGGUGUUGCGCCGUUCUUGGGAUUCUUAGACCAUCUCGCUGAGUCCACCGUGAAAACAAGAUCGGUAUUGAUAACAGGGAACAGGUACAAGGAGUUGGACUCCAUAUAUGGUAACGAAUUCACUGAACAUCACUUGAACGGCACUCUGGAUACUUAUCUAACUGCGUAUUCUCGCGACGAAAACAGCACGUGCAAAUACGUGCAAGAUGUAAUUGAAUUGCACGACAAAGAUAUUGUGAGCUAUGUAGAUGAAGGAGCAAGGGUAUUUGUGUGUGGGGAUGCGAAGGGGUUGAGUGUUGGAGUGUAUGAGAUGUUUUGUAGAGUGUUGAGUAGGAUUAAGGGAGUCAGUGAGGCGGAAGCGAGGGAGAUGAUAUCUGGGAUGAAGAAGGACGGCAGAUAUUGUGAAGAUAUUUGGUCCUGAGGGAGGAGUUUUUUAAUCUUUUCAAAACUUUUUUAAUAAUAUUUAUUUGGCCUCUGUUUAUGUAUUACUAAUUACUAUUGCAGUGAUAAUUUUAUGAUCUAGGCGAAGGUUUGGCUGUUUGGGGAGUUUAUUUAUUUAGCUGCGCUAAUCAUCUUUUUACAAUUAUUUGAUGUGAAUGUUCUUUUUCGAAAUUUUGUUUCAAUCGUUGGUAUUGUAUAUAAUCGUGUUUUAUACUGUACUGAGCUGCAGGUAAUUUCUAGUCGGAAUUUGAUCAAUCGUCAGCUUCAUCAAACUUUAUCCUAAACGAUACUGCUAAUUGCUAUAAUUAAUCAAGAAACCAUGCACCAACUUGGUUAAGAUGUUGGUAAUAUCUGAAAAUUCUCUAUGAAACGAUUUACCUCUGAUAUGGUAAUCCCUCCCUUUUUGUAGAUGUUUCUUAGUAAUUGAUAACACAUACUGCAAGGACAAUGAUCGAUUUUUUAUAAUAUUCGUCAGAUAAUUUAUUAGGGAAAUAAAAAUGUCAGUUUAACUAUCAGUAUCAGCUUUAUCGUAGAUUAUAAGGAAGUUAGGAAUAGGACUUUCAUACAAUCUUAUAGAGAUAGAACUAGACUGUCUUGUAUUUUAAAAUCAGGAUUGGUAAUUGGAGUUGCGGUAAACCGGAGAUUUAUUAUAUAUAUAAUAUAUAUAGUAUAUAUACGGACUUCAGUUGUAUUUACAUCUACAUUGACAUGACACGGUUAGGCAGGUCGUAUGGUGUAAGUUAAAUUAUUAAGGAAACAGUUCUUUACUCAUGUUGGAUUAAUGUAUGUAUGUUAACAAACAUGGUUGAAAAUGUCAAUUCGUGCUAAUAUUUUGGGUUUCACCUCUAAGAAUAGUCUCAAUUAUUUGAAAAUCUAGUAAUUA